GCGUUAGAGCAGACGAAGGAGACGAGUCUUCCCCAUAUAUGCUACCACUGCACCACCGUAAACAACAGCUACAUCUCAACUCACCCUUUACCCCCCUCUCUCUCUCUCUCUCUCUAGCUCCUUACCAGUAAACCCUUUCUCUCUCACUCUCAAAACCCAAGUGAAAAAAUCAAGAAAAAAAAACUCCCCAUCUUCAUCAUCUCCCCUUUCCUCUCUGUUCCACCUUCAAAUUUGGUGUUCAUGAGUUCAUUUCUUCUGUUGAGUAUCAGAUAUGGAUAUGAAUAUGCAUGUGUGUGUGUAUCAUUUGAUUCAAAUUUAGCUCCAUUUGUAUCUGAUGCGUGAGUUUGAGGGAAAAUGUAGUUUAAACUAGUGGGUGCAUUAAUCGAUGUGGGUUCUGUUUUUCUCUUGAUUUCCAGCUAUAGAUCUUGUUCUUGAAACUAUUGAUUUACCAAAAUUUGGGGUCGAUCGAUUUAGAAUCUACAUUGGGUGGGGAAGGAUUGAAGAGGGUAGAUUAAUGAUUUUGUUAAAAUUUGGGCAUACCCCAUGAGGAAUUUGAACUGGUUCAAGCCAAUUUCGAUCAAUGGAAAGCCUGGGAGGAGGCUUUCUCUUGGGGAGUAUGAGCGGGCUGUGUCGUGGUCUAAGUAUUUGGUGUCGUCUGGUGCAGAGAUUAAGGGAGAAGAUGAAGAAGAAUGGAGUGCAGACAUGUCUCAAUUGUUCAUUGGCUUUAAAUUUGCUACAGGAAGGCAUAGCAGGAUUUACAGAGGUGUGUAUAAGCAGAGGGAGGUUGCUAUUAAGCUGAUAAGCCAGCCUGAGCAGGACGAAAAUUUGGCUAUCUUUCUUGAGAAUCAGUUCAUUUCAGAGGUGGCAUUGCUGUUUCGAUUGAGGCAUCCUAAUAUCAUCACUUUCAUUGCAGCUUGCAAGAAACCUCCAGUUUUUUGCAUCAUCACCGAGUACAUGUCGGGGGGGUCGUUAAGAAAAUACCUCCAUCAGCAGGAGCCACAUUCCGUUCCACUGAACUUGGUUCUGAAGCUAGCACUCGACAUCGCUCGUGGGAUGCGGUACCUUCAUUCUCAGGGAAUACUUCACAGAGAUCUCAAAUCAGAAAAUCUCUUACUUGGUGAAGAUAUGUGUGUUAAGGUAGCAGAUUUCGGUAUCUCGUGUCUCGAAUCUCAGUGCGGAAGCGCAAAGGGAUUCACGGGAACAUACCGGUGGAUGGCACCUGAAAUGAUCAAAGAAAAACAUCACACCAAGAAGGUUGAUGUUUAUAGCUUUGGCAUUGUCUUGUGGGAGCUCUUAACUGCAUUGACACCAUUUGAUAACAUGACUCCUGAACAAGCAGCAUUUGCAGUAUGCCAGAAGAAUGCAAGACCCCCUCUACCUUCGGCGUGCCCGCAGGCAUUUCGUCACAUGAUCAAGAGAUGCUGGUCGAAAAAUCCCGACAAGCGACCACAUUUUGACGAGAUCGUUUCAAAUUUGGAAACUUAUAUGGAGGCUUAUAAUGAAGAUCCAGAAUUUUUCUGUCACUAUGUGCACUCAUCUAGAUAUACUACCGCUUUAAAAUGCUUACCAACAUGUAUUACUGAACAAUUAUCUGCCUCUUUGAAGCCUAGGAAUUCAUCAUCUUAAAGCUUGUAUUAUAAGACUUAGGGUAUUAUUAUUUAUUAUUAUUAAAUCAAGGUUGUGAAAUUUUUGCC